AUGGACAGCCAGGAGGAAUACUCAGGCCAAUACCACGCGCACCCAUAUGGCGAGAUCAACUGCGUUAUCCAGAUCGAUGCGGGGGCCGAGUUGAGGGGCAUGCAAGGGUGGCAGGGUGCUGGGUGGACGUCCCCGGUCCUGGCACGCACCACUUUCCUCAAGUUCGAGAAUCUUGUGGGCUACUUUAGCGUGUCCUACUAA